AUGGCUCCUACAUCGAAACAGGUUCUUCAGUUGUACAAGAGCAUCUUGUCUAAGGCCUCCAAGUUUGAUAACUACAACUUCAGAGAGUAUUUCAGACGGAAGGCUCAGCACGAUUUCAAAGAACACAAAAACGUUGCAGAUGAGCAACAAAUAACUCGUCUCUACAAUGAAGGUAUUGACCAGUUGGCUCUUUUGAAUCGCCAGUCUGCUAUCUCUCAAAUGUUCACUUUCGAGAAGCUUGUGGUGGAGCCAUUAAAGAAACACCACUAA